AUGGGUCGCGUUAGGACCAAGACUGUGAAGCGUGCUUCUCGCGUUCUCAUCGAGAAGUACUACCCCCGCCUCACUCUCGACUUCCACACCAACAAGCGUCUCCUCGAUGAGGUCGCUCAGGUCCCCUCGAAGCGUCUCCGCAACAAGAUCUCGGGCUUCACCACCCACCUGAUGAAGCGUAUCCAGAAGGGUCCCGUGCGCGGCAUCUCGUUCCGUCUCCAGGAGGAGGAGCGUGAGCGCAAGGACCAGUACGUCCCCGACGUCUCGGCCCUCGCUGUCCCCGAGGAGUCGCCCCUCGAGGUCGACGGCGAGACCAAGGACCUCCUCCGCUCGCUUGGCCUCGACUCGCUCCCGGUCACCGUUGUCAACGUCUCGGCGUACCAGCCCCGCGAGCGCAAGGCCCGCUUCGUCCCCGGCGCCGGCAAGCCCUAA